AUGAGCGGCUCCUCCAUGGCGAAAAGCGAGUCCCGCACUUCGCUGCUGAGAGCGGCGGGGAGCAGGAGGGCGCCGGGGGGACCCCCCCAGCCCCAACCCCGCGGGGGCCGCGCCCGGGCUGGGAGAGGGCAGCCGGGGAGGGAGCCGAGCCCCGAGGCGCUCCCCGGGGAGCCGAGCGCCCGCAGGCCGCUGUGCCAGCCCUCUGCCCGGGAGGACGGGGCGAGGGGACUGGGGAGGCUGGCGGCCGGCGGGGGGGACGGCCAGCAGGAGCCCGCGGAAGGAGGAGGCAGGGGAGCCAGGCACCGGCACCGCCACCUCCCGCCGCACGGCAGCCACGGGCACCCCCCGGAGCAGCAGCAGCAGCAGCUCGCAGCCAGGGAUGGGCAGCAGGAGGAGGAGGAGGAGGAGGAGGAGGAGGAGGAGGACUUUUUCUUCGGGCACAGGCAGAGGGCCAGCAGAGAGUCCCUAAAGCUCUCCGAAAACGCUUCGCCUCCGUCCAGAGCCGGCAGCAAGUGCUCCGCCAAGUCCAGCGGCAGCGAGCGGCCGGUGGAAGCGGACCCCCUCUUCCACCAGCUGCACCCCAUGCUCAGCUCGGUCUUCGGCCAGGAUAGAGAACUGCGUCCAGAAGAAAUCGAAGAAUUAAGAGAAGCCUUUAAGGAGUUUGAUAAAGACAAGGAUGGGUUUAUUAACUGCAGGGACCUGGGGAACUGCAUGCGAACCAUGGGCUACAUGCCUACUGAGAUGGAGCUAAUAGAACUCUCCCAGCAGAUCAACAUGAACCUGGGUGGCCAUGUGGAUUUUGAAGAUUUUGUUGAGCUGAUGGGACCAAAGCUGCUGGCAGAAACUGCAGACAUGAUUGGUGUAAAAGAGCUCCGUGAUGCCUUCCGAGAGUUUGACACCAAUGGCGAUGGGGAGAUCAGCACCAGUGAGCUGCGAGAAGCCAUGAAGAAGCUUCUAGGGCAGCAGGUGGGUCAUCGGGAUAUCGAAGAGAUCAUCCGGGACGUGGAUCUGAAUGGCGAUGGGCGUGUUGAUUUUGAAGAGUUUGUUCGCAUGAUGUCCCGUUGAAGAUUAUUCUCAGCUAAAGAAUCAGCACCUUAGAGAGGGCAGAAGAGGACCUAGAUGGAGCA